AUGCCACUUUCUACAUCCGUGCUGCUCCGCGGCAUAUUCCGGCAGCGCCUAGAGCACCUGCGCGUCGGACGUCUACCACGCUCAACGCCCCGGCGCUUCCAGUCCAGCACUCCCGGUCCGAAGCCCGGCAACGGAGGCGAGGCCGCGAAACAAAAACCGCCAACCGGGGAUCCGAUCCCGGUGGGUAGCACACCAGUUCCUCCCGUACCCCUGUGGCAGAGACUCGGCCCCCUGACACGCGCCGGCGAAGCUUACGGUCGUGCUCAGCGGAAAAGACCCUGGGCUACGCAGAUCGUCUCCGCGCUUGUUAUUUAUCUGGCUGCCGAUGUUAGUGCGCAGCGUAUAGGUGGCAAGGACUACGUGCCGGAACGUAGUGCUAGGAAUAUGGCUAUUGGCGGCGUAGCUGCUGUGCCGACCUUUCUGUGGUUCGUCUGGCUUUCCCGCCACUUCAACUACCCAUCCCACAUCCUCUCGCUCGGCGUCAAGAUCGUCGUCAACCAGCUCGUCUUCACGCCCACCUUCAACAGCUACUUCUUCGGCGCCCAGGCGCUGCUAUCCGGGGACUCUAUCGCCGAGACCUGGGAUCGGAUCCGCCGCACCGUCCCUGUCAGCUGGGUCAACGCCUGGAAGCUGUGGCCUGCCGUUACCGCCUUCACCUUCACGUUCGUCCCCGUCGAGUACCGCAGCGUCGUUUCGGGCGUCGUUGCCGUCGGCUGGCAGACUUACCUGAGCUACUUGAACCGCCAGGCGGAGAUCGAGGAGGAAUUGGCUCAUGCAAGGAUGGUGGCUGCUUUGCCGGCUGUUGAGGCGACGUCUGCGUCCUUGCAGCUUGAUGCCCGGAAACCCCGGAUUACUGCGUGA